AUGACUCCUUUCAGUCUCCCCAACGACCCAUUUCUUUGCCUCCCUCCAGAAUUCUCGACCUCCGAAGCGCUGCAAUCGGCGUUGCUGGCUUCAUUACAUUCCAACAUCCCCACCUACGCCCUUCUGAUGACUAUCAGCUUUUUGGCCGGUGUUUUAUCGACCAUAAUUCCCGUUGCUCUAUGCACCUCGUUGCUAAAGCCAUCACAAACUCUUUCAACAGCUCCGUCAAGCAGUACGAUUGUGCAAAACCAACAAAUAAGCCAGGCAAAGCCUCAGGCGUCGUCUUGGAGGGAUAUUGAGACGAUCGAUGUUGAUGAUGCGGCAACUUCGCUGACGCGAACAACCACUUCUUCAAACGCGCAAGGAGGUGGGGUGCAAUAUUGUUUGACGUUGAAAUGGGCGAAAUAG